UCUGUGCAAUUUUACGUAGUGGACCUCGAAAGUCUAUUUUACCCCUAAGCAGCCCUCCAGGCCCUGUCCCGAGCAUCUUGACGUCGGUCCAGCGAUCGUGCUCACGACUUAGCUUAUCCGGCCCCAUCUCAAUGCCCAACCUUGAUGUGCCUCACCAGCUAUUUACGGUGACCGCGUGCAUUGGGCCGUCAUUGGGUCAUCGAAGAUGAGGUAGCGAGGUCACUGAAAACAACCCCGCCAUUGCCCUGCUGGUACUGACAACUUCAAAGACGAAUCUUCAGGUAGCAGCAUCGAACCACAGCAACGUACAUCCCCAAACACUCACAACUCCCAGUUGUCGGAUACACUGAGCGCAUCAGCAUCAUGGCUCCCUCAUCCACCAUAAUAGUAAGUAAACCCUGCCUCCCAAUGCCCAAUAACAACAGCUCACCCAACCACCCCCCAGACGAAGCUCAAAGUGCAGCUCAAGCUCUCCAUCGCCCGCCUCCGCAUGGUCCAACAAAAAGACGAAGCGGUAUCCAAACAACAACGCCGCGCCAUGGCCCAGCUGCUCGAAUCCGGCAAAAUCGAAUCCGCGCGCAUCCGCGUAGAAAACAUCAUCCGCUCCGACAUCACCACCGAACUACACGAGAUCCUAGAGCUGUACUGCGAGCUACUCCUCGCGCGCACCGGACUGAUGGAAGGACCAGUGUGCGACGCAGGACUGGAAGAAGCUGUCAAGAGCCUGAUAUAUGCUGCCCCGCGGACGGAUGUCAAGGAGCUACAGCAGGUCCGCGCAUUACUGGUCGAUAAGUAUGGAAAGGAGUUUGCGCUGGCGGCUAUGGAGAAUAGUGAUGAGAAGGUGGCUGAGAAGGUACUGAAGAAGCUUGCUGUCACGCCGCCGGCGCCGGAGUUGGUAAAUGGGUAUCUGGAAGAGAUCGCGAGGACGUAUGGCGUUGACUGGCCCAAGAAACCGAAAGAGGAGUUGGGGGAGCCGCCCGAGUACGUGGAUAGCGAUGAUGACGAGAAUCCGAGUGGUGGACAGGCACAGAAGGUCUUGGAGGAACCGAUCGCUGCAAGUGGCGCAAAAGUACGGGCAGAGGAGAGGGAAGCUUUGAGUAAAGCGACCCCACCGAGGAAUUUCGGUCCUAGCAGUCCAUUAAGGGUAAAUCCACCGAGUCCUAGCACCGAUAAUCUUCAUCCCAGGGUGAAGGGAACUCUGGACUUGAAACCUACGACUAAACCCCAAAGCACACCUGCGAAAUCUGGCACACAGAGCAAAGGGCCGGUGGGUGGUACAAUACCUGACGUGGACGAGCUGGCAAAGCGUUUUGCGGCACUGAAGAAAUAGAGGUGUGUUACGAUGGUUUCGGUUACCUGGCGUUUGGGUUCUGAGGUAGGUUGGGGAUUCAGCGGAUAUUCAUGCAUUGUCAGUAUAGCGGGUAGAGCCAUUUCGGAUUUAGUUAUCUCAUGAAGUCUGGUUUAUGUUCCUACGAAUGGCGAGAGUAAGGAACUGAAAAUCUUUUUUUUAAUCAUAUCUGCCCAGAUAUGCCAUCCAGGA